AGUUGAAGUCGCAGAUUUACCUGGAGCGGUGCCAACAUAAACAUCACGCCAGCAGUGGAAGAUGUUGGGACUCGUUAAGCAAUGCCAUCAAUGAUGUAAUAACUGGUAUUAAAACGUGUAGGCUUGUCAAGCAGAAAAUGAUCUUGCACUCUCUAUCCGCUCAGUCCCUCGUGAAUCUUGUUACAGUGCUUCUCCGACGCUUGGUCAACAUGCUGGGGAUCUGCGUGUGUCUUUGUGCGGUUUUCACACAGGUUCUCUCUCAGGAGACUCGGGAGCCAAUCUCCGUCACAUGUACAGAGGGAUAUAAGUAUGACACAGCCACAGGGCAAUGCACAGACAUUGACGAAUGUGAAACUUUAGAGGAUGCCUGCAAAGGUGGAAUGCGGUGUUACAACCACUAUGGUGGAUACAUCUGUCUCCCCAAGAGUGCUAUCAUCUAUGUUACUAAGGACACAGGAGAGCAGGUGCCAUUGGCUGAUCCAGUACGGCAAGCCCCUGUCCAACCAAGCCAGCCUCAAAUCCCAUCAGUGUUUCCAGGUAUGCCCAGCAGUUCACAGGCCCACCGGACCAUUCACUGUGCACCGGGCUUCACUGCUGAUGAGCAGAACAUUUGUAGAGACAUAGAUGAAUGUGCAACAGGCAGACACGCUUGUGGACCUGAACAGACGUGCUACAACACCAGAGGCUCCUUCAUGUGUCUGUGUCCUCUGGGCUAUCAGAGGAACGGAGAUCACUGUGUCGACAGAGAUGAGUGUGCCCUGAGCCACUACUGCAUGCAUGGAUGUGUGAACACCCAGGGUUCAUACUACUGUGAGUGUAACGUAGGUUACAUGUUGGCUAACAACAACCUCAGCUGUAUUGAUGUAAAUGAAUGUGAUGUGCAGAGCCCCUGUCAACAUCACUGCUACAACCUGAUUGGCUCCUUCCUCUGCCAGUGUGACCAGGGCUUUGAACUGGCUGCAGACCUGGUCUCCUGUGAAGACAUCGAUGAGUGCAGCUUGUCCAGCUACAUGUGUCAGUUCCAGUGUGUUAACACCCCUGGAAGUUACUCUUGCGAGUGUCCACAAGGAUAUCAGCUCCAAGGAAGCAGGUUGUGUCAAGACAUAAAUGAGUGUGAGACGGGGUCCCAUAGCUGUCAAGAGGAUGAAAUGUGCUGGAACUAUUACGGAGGCUUCCGCUGCUAUCCCAGAAACCCCUGCGAGCCACCUUACACUCAGACAUCUGAAAAUCGCUGUAUCUGUCGGUCUCAUACUGAGUGCCAGAGUCUCCCGCCAUCAAUACUCUACAAAUACAUGAGCAUCCAAGCAGAGCGCUCUGUGCCAGCAGACAUCUUCCAAAUUCAAGCCACCAAUGUAUACACCAAUACACACAACACCUUUAGGAUUAAAGCUGGGAAUGAGGCAGGAGAAUUUUUCCUUAGGCGCUCCAGCAAUGUGAGUGCUAUGUUGGUGCUCACCAAGCCUUUGACAGGGCCCAGGGAGUACAUUGUGGACCUGGAGAUGAUCACUCACCAUCUGACCAUGAACUACCGCUCCAGCUCUCUGCUGCGACUCACCGUCAUAGUGGGGCCUUACGCCUUCUGAGCAGCACAAGUCUCAGCAGCCCACAUAAGUCUGGUUUCAGCAAACAUAACAAAUGCCUGUAUCAGCGUGACAUACUUUGCAUUUUCACUCAAUUCAUGCAUAUAACAUAGGCUGUCUCAGAUUCAAACAGCUGCACAGCAGUUAUAUGCUAUACCUAUAUGCUUGCUCAAGUUGCAGCACACCUGGAUAUCAUGUGACCACUGUGCAUCUUUUUCUUUUGAGGUGCUAAUUUAAGAGGAAUCCCUGAACUUCAGACAGUUUUUUUUUUUAUCUUUCAGUUGAUUUUUAUGAUGUGUUGGAAGAUAAAUUAAGCUGAUUGCAUCUUUUUUAAUUAUCGUUAUACUUAGCAGUUUUCCAAAUAUUCCUAAAAAUUGGUAGCAGAGCAGUGGCAUGGUGGUGAAUUUUGGAUGCAGCUUUACCUUCAUUUAUCACUUGUUCAUGCGAGAACGGUUUUUAAUAACCUGUCCUCGCAUCACUUUCUCUCUCUUUGGAAGAGAGAGAAAUCUACACAAAUAUACACAACAUAUAAAAUGAGCAGCCUUUGAUACACAAAUAAUUUACACCUUAUAAGCUUCUGUUGGCGAAUGUUAAGAAGUUAGAGCUGCAGAGCCAUGCCGUUUGUGCAAGUUUCUUUAUAGUUUGCCUCAUAAAUAAUAAUUUCCAGAGAAAUCCAGUAACAGUUCAAAAGUGUAAUGAGAGGUAAUUAGCCUGUGUGUUAAGAAAGUGCUUAACUUUGUGUUAGAACAGGCUGGGGUGCCCAUAGACUUCGCUCACAGGAGUUGAGUCAUGUAAAUACCUAGUUAACAAAUCUGUAUGUUUGUGUGUGGGUGUGAGUGUGUGUGUGUGUGGGUGUGUUUGUGUGUGUGUGUGUGUGUGCAUGAUUGGCUUUGUUUGUGCAUGCAAGUUAGUGUUAGUGUGAAACAGAGGGAGAGAAAGGGAAAGAGUGAGAAAGAGCUUGCUCUCUGCCUUAACUUUGGUGGAUGUGGUUGAGCUGUUUAUGUGUUUCUGUGAUGCCAUCCCAGCAGCUUUCAGCCACAGAGGCAAUAACAGGGAUCUUUGAACUCAAGAACAUGUACAGGAAAUGAAGGCUUUCAUAACACACCUUGGCAAAUUCAGUGCUCAGUGGUGCCACAGUUUUUCUAAUGUUGGUCCCAGUCAAGAAGUCACACUGGCACCAGGCUGGCUUGCGUGAUAAAGGUAAUUGCCGCGUUUCGCCUUGUAGCUGGUUCAUGCGUGACGAAAGGGAUUAUUAAAGUGUUAAUAUAAUACCACCAGACUUUUAGCAGAAUGACAAAUCUUUCACUACCUGCUUUGCUUUUCAUGAAUUUACCUGUUUACUCUGGCUUAUUGCUGUAACACUGUAAACUGUUGACACACAGUACUGAAAACUAAUAUGUUUCCACCACUUUUAAGUGCAGAAAGUUGCCCAGCUUUGCAUAAAACUCUUGUGCAGUUGCCACACUGAUAAUGCCACAGUGCCUUUGAGGUUAAAACACAAAAAGUACAAUACUAAUCAUUCAAGCUGUCAAGACUGUUAACUUUCCUCAGUGAGAUGCCUUAAUGUUUUUUUCCUCUUCUAUUUAAAAUAUAUUUUGUCAUCUGUAUCUUGUAUUGAUUGUACUAAGAGCUAAAGCUAUAUUGUCAAAUAAAAAAGUAUGAAAAACAG